CUGCAGGAUUGAGCGGGGAGUGUAAGACUUGUGAAGAACAGUCAGUGGAUCUUCCAUCGAGAGGUUUCUUUCGAGGGGCCGCACAGUUGGUCUUGACUCCAAUGGACAUCAGAGAGGUUCCCUAGACCGGUGGAAUGGAGAUACUACAUCCCUUGAACAACGAGGUCUAUCCCCUCAACACGGAGAAGCCUACGGCAGAGCCCGCCAAGGAAGAGGAGGAUUACAAGGAGAACGGGGUUCUGAUCCGGAGUCCCAGGACCGCCAAAAAGGUCCUGGGGGAGGAUCGCAAGGCACCGUCCAAACCUCAGGAGAAGGGCGAGAAAGACCAGGCCUCCUACAGUGGGCACACCGAUGAGGACAAGGGAGGGGACGGGGCUCCAGCCCUGCACUCAGAGGUGGACAAAACCGUUGCUUCAGGUCGAGAGAGCUGGAGCAAAAAAGCAGACUUCUUGCUAUCGGUCAUUGGCUACGCGGUUGACCUCGGCAAUGUGUGGAGAUUCCCCUACAUCUGCUAUCAGAACGGAGGCGGGGCCUUUCUACUGCCCUAUAUUCUGAUGGCAAUAUUUGGUGGCAUCCCUCUCUUUUACAUGGAAUUGGCACUGGGGCAGUACCACAGGACCGGAGCCAUCUCCAUCUGGGCAAAGAUAUGCCCACUCUUCAAAGGAAUUGGAUAUGCAAUCUGUAUAAUAGAUCUGUACAUUUCCUUUUACUAUAACACCAUUAUCUCCUGGGCUCUGUUCUAUCUCUACUCAUCGUUCAAUUAUGUGCCUCCCUGGACCUCCUGUGACAACGAGUGGAACACCCCCAACUGUACCAACUACUUCCACAAGGAUAACGCCACCUGGACCGAGUUCUCCGUCUCACCAGCUGAGGAAUUUUAUGUUCGCCGAGUCCUUAUGGCUCAUAAAUCGAAUGGUUUGGGUGAUGUUGGCGGUAUCAACUGGCACCUUGUAAUUUGUCUGAUCAUAAUAUUUACUGUGGUGUACUUCAGUAUUUGGAAGGGCAUCAGGACCUCUGGAAAGGUGGUGUGGGUGACGGCCACUCUGCCCUAUCUCGUGCUUUUAGUCCUCCUGAUCCGUGGGGCCACACUGCCAGGGGCUUGGAAAGGAAUCGUCUUCUACCUGCAUCCGCAGUGGGGAAAAAUGUUCACAAUGCAGGUGUGGAUUGACGCAGCUACACAAAUUUUCUUCUCGCUUGGUCCCGGAUUUGGUGUCCUGAUGGCAUUUGCCAGCUACAACAAAUUCAACAACAACUGCUUCAGGGAUGCAAUGAUCACCAGCUCUGUGAAUUGUUUGACCAGUUUCCUCGCCGGCUUUGUUAUAUUCACCAUCCUGGGCUACAUGGCGGAGAAGAGGAAAGAAGAUGUUUCAGAAGUGGCUAAAGAUCUGGGACCGAGUCUUCUCUUCAUCACCUAUGCAGAGGCAUUGGCCAACAUGCCCGCAUCCUCCUUCCUCUCUGCCAUCUUCUUCCUCAUGCUCGUCACUCUGGGUCUGGACAGCACGUUUGCAGGUCUGGAAGGUGUGAUCACCGCAGUAGUGGAUGAAUAUCCAGACUUACUGAGAAAACGGCGAGAGUGGUUUGUGCUGGUACUGAUCAUGAUCUGCACUCUGGGAUCGAUGAGCACCCUCACGUUUGGUGGAGCAUACGUGGUGAAAUUCUUUGAAGAAUAUGCCACAGGAACAGCUAUUAUUGUUGUGGUGUUUCUGGAGGCCAUUGCUGUGUCUUGGUUUUACGGUAUGAAAAACUUCUGCAAAGAUAUCAGGGAAAUGAUUGGGUUCGUUCCUGGGAAGUUCUGGCAGAUAUGCUGGGUCGUUAUUAGUCCAGUUUUUCUUCUGUUCAUCAUUAUCAGUUUUCUGGCACUUCCGAUGGAAAUUAAACUCUUUAACUACACCUACCCUCACUGGACUAAAGUGUUGGGCAAUUUCUUGGGCCUGUCCUCAAUUAUCUGGGUUCCAAUCUAUAUGGUAUACAAAAUCAUCAUUACACCAGGAACACUUCAAGAGAGGAUCUUGAAAAGCAUAACGCCUGAGAGGAGUGAAAUCGAAUCCUCGACUGUUGUGGUCCAUCUGAAUGCCGUUUGAUCAACAAUUAUUGGUGUGCUUUACUUCUUGGACUAACUGUUCCGAUCAGCAAGAGGUAUUACAAGGUCAAAGAACCAAACCCAGAGUAACAGCACGUCUCCAGAGAGCGCCUCUAACUGUAACUUUAGAGAUAUUAGUAUUUCACUCAAAAUAUGUUUAAAUUGUCUUUUAGUUGUACUGGGACAUUAAGUAUUGGAAUAACUUAAUAAGAGUUAGACAUUCCAAUUUCUAUUUACUGCCCACAGGGUGUACUCGUACACCUUGAUAACAAAUACCAUGUGACUGUUGCUUUGUUCUAUAAUGUAGCUUGUGUAUUUUAAUUGAGAAAAUUCAGCGGCGCAGCGGUAGAAUUGCUGCCUCACAGCGCCAGAGACCCGGGUUCGAACAUGACCACGGGUGCUGUCUGUACAGAGUUUGUACAUUCUCCCCGUGACCUGCGUGGGUUUUCUCUGGGGUCUUCGGUUUUCUUGUCUAUCCUACACGUCUGUAGGUUAAUUGGCUUCGUUAAAAUUGUAAAUUGUCCCUAGUGUGUGUUGGAUAGUUUUAGUGUACGGGGCAAUCACUGGUCAGCACGGACUCGGUGGGCCGAAGGACCUGUUUCUGCGCUAUAUCUAAAAAACUAAAAUAAUUGUAUUUAUAAGUGGACAUCACUGAAAUACAUUUCAUGACCAAUUCUACAAAGCACCGUAUCAAAGUUCAUUAUGAAUUUACAUUAAAUGCAAACUGGAUUUUUGUUGGAUUGCAAUGGCUAAUGGAGGUUAUGCCUUAAAAAUUUGCUCAGAAUUGUAUAUUAUUGAUUUUUAACCUGUGUAUUCACAAUGUAACAUUUGAUGUUACAAUUCACAUCAUUGUUCUUGGUGCCUUAUUUCUUAAUUUCAAGUUUUCUAAACGGAUAAGAAGAAUUCAAAGUCACUUAAAUACAAUUAGCUGGAAUAAAUUGUAAACCUUUGUUUUUAUAAAAUUAAAUAGUUUUUUUUGUUUUAAAUAUUAGGCAAGAAAUACAUUUUAUAAUUUUUACAAGGCAUUCUAAUAGACGCCUGGGGAAAGGGGACAAAUGCUGGAGUAACUCAGCGGGUCAGGCAGCAUCUCUGGAGAUAAGGAAUAGGUGAUGUUGCAGGUCGGAACCCUUCUUCAGACUCAGUCUGACCCUGACCUGCUGAGUUACCCCAGCGUUUGUGUCUAGCAUUACUACUUUAAUAUGUAAAAGUCUCAAAGUUAAAUGAGAUAUACAUAUAUUAUAUAUAUAUAUAUAUAUAUAUAUAUAUAUAUAUAGCAAUCUCUUCAGCUGAAGGCUGAAACUCACAUUUUCUUGACUCCCCAAACUGCUUUCAGGCAUUUUGAGCACAGCAAACUAACUGAAACGACACAAUAACUGGGCAACGUUAGUUCAGUAAUGAGGUCGUAUGAUGACAUUAAUAUCCUCAUAGAGUCAUAGUGAUACAGUGGAAACAGGCCCUUUGGUCCAACUUGCCCACACCGGCCAACAUGUCUCCGCUAUACUAGCCCCAUGUGCCUGCGUUUGGACCAUA